AUGCACGUCGACGGCGAUCUGGGCGGCGGUGAUCUGAGCGACCUGGCGGUGUCCGCGCUCGAGCUGCUGCAGUGGAAGGAGGUGGAAGGCGCCGCGGCGCUCGUCGCGCCGCUGCACACGCUGCUCUCCGCGCUGCUGCCGCGCCUCGGCUCGAUCGCCGCGCCGCACGGCGGCGACGCCGCUGACGAGGACGCCAGCGGGGACGAGCAGGAGGGGCGCGCCGGCGGCGCCGCCGCCGCGGCGGGCUCUGCGGCUGCGGGCUAUGCGUCCCAGCUGGCUCUGCUCGCCCUCCGCCGCCUCGCCCCCGGCGGGGACGCCGCCGCCGCGGUUGUGGCUCGCGGCGCGCUGCCGGAGGGCUUUGACGUGACGCUCGUUCUGGCGGUGUUGGCGGCGGCGCCGGACGCGGCGCUGCGCAACGCGGCGCUGGGGCUGUUGGAGUCGCUGGCGCGCGGCGCACCCGAGGCGAUGCUGGGGCACGUGCUGGAGGCCAUGCGGCUCAUCCAGCACUCUGCCGCGACCACCGACGACUCCCACUCCCAAGCCGCCGCCGCCUCGGCCCUCGCCGCCGUCGUGCCCGCGUGGGUCGCCGCGGGCCGCGACGCCGCCGAGCUCUGGGCGUCGCUGGUGGGCGCGCUGGGCGCGGUGCGGCCGCACAGGCGGCUGGCGCUGCUGGCGACGCUGCUGCGGGCGCUGCCGCAGGAGUCGGGCCUUCCGGCGGCCCUGCUGGUGAUGCUCCAGCGCGCAGCUGCCGACGCGGCGGCGCCGAAGCCGGCCCCCAAGGCCGCUCCCAAGGCCGCCACGCCCAAGCGCGGCGCCAAGGCGGACAAGGGGCAGGGGCGGGAGGAAGGCGCCGAGCAGCUGCCGGAGGGGCCACCGGAGCACGAGUGGCUGCCCGAGCUUGCGGCGGCGCUGUGCGAACAGGUCCCUGCGGCGGAGCGGCUUGCGGCGCUGUCUUCAGUCCUCGAGGCCUCCGCCGCGGGCCAGGAGCCCCAGCGGCCGCUGCCGCGCCUGGCGGUCAUCUUCGCCACCUCCCAGCUCAAGAGCAAGCCGCUCGCUGCGGCAGCACGCGCCGAGUCCGCGGCGGCGGCCGCUGCCGGCGCGGGCAUGGGCGCGGGCGCAGACGCCGGCGCCGCUGCCGCGCCUGUGCUGGCCGGCUGCCUGUCGGUCAUGCAGCAGGCUCUGCUGCACCUGCAGUUGCUGCACCCCACAGGCGGCGCCGAGGAUGACGAUGACGAGCUCCUAACCUUGGACGAGCGCGCCGGAGAGGCGGACAGCGCCGCCGCUUUGGCAUCGCCGUUGCAGCAGCAGCAGCCGCCGAAGCUGAGCAAGAAGCAGCGGUCGGUCAACGCGGCGACGCGCGGCCUGUACGGCCUGCUGGCCGCGCUGAGGGACCUGAUGGAUCCGACGGAAUUCCUGCGGGCGCUGCUGGAGAUCUCGGAUCACCCCUCGGAGGAGCGGCGCCACUGCGGCAGGCUGCGCUGCUCGCGGCCGGCGCGGCGGUCUCGCGUUUCGGCGCCGCGCGGCUGGGCGAUGCGCUGGCGGCGCUGA